GAGAGGAGCUGAUCUACCUGGACCCCCACACCACCCAGCCUGCAGUAGAGCCCUGUGAGGACAGCCAGGUCCCUGACGACACMUACCACUGUCAGCACCCGCCGUGCCGCAUGCACAUCUGUGAAAUAGACCCCUCCAUCGCAGUGCUGUCCUUUUUCUCUGAUGCUCACCAGGGUUUCUUCUGCAGAACGGAGGACGACUUUGAUGACUGGUGUAUGCGUAUCCGCAAGUUGUCCCACACUAGAGCAGGACUGCCCAUGUUUGAACUGGUAGACUGUCAACCAUCUCACUUCGCCUGUUCUGUAGAUAUACUCAACCUCAACCCUGAUUUCUCAGACUCUGAUAGGUUGGAGCGGUUCUUUGAUUCUGAGGAUGAAGAGUUUGAAAUUCUGUCCCUGUGAUGAUCGAAUACAGUCAUAUGUCCCGGCAGAACCCCAACGAUUCUUCUCUGUAUCAGAAGGGAAGCCAUAGGGGCCAGGAGAUAUCAUCACUAGCCAGCCUGGCAACGAUGGCGUAGUGAUGUGUCACACAGUUGUCUUCUGAACAGCCACUGACUGCCCUGUGUCCAAUGAGGAGACUCCUUGCUAGGAGGUGGUGAUACAAGGUAGUGGGAGCUUUCAGGACCAAUUCAGUGCAUCUUCACAUGUCUCCAUUAAGUCUUAAUAUUUCAAGUGAUAUGGUGCCUUUACCCYCCCCCUCCCCAUAACACAGUUGACUAGUGUUUAAUCCAUAACGGUUUACUACUAUACUUUUUGCUUAGGUCACUGAUAUCUGAAGUCUGUAUUAACGGGAUGUAAACCAACAUUUGGUUGAGUGAAAUUCGCAGAUCCAAAUAGAUUAUCUUGUUCAUUCAGAGUAUCGUUGUUAUGUUAAAUCUCUCUGUACAAAAAAACACUGGCUCAUUGAUUUACUCAAUACACGAAGAUGAAUGAUGAACAGACCAUUUGAAAUGUUAAUAAGGACAAAAUAAGAAAUAAAUUUACAGCUUGGACAUUUA